UAAGGACGGAAUGAAAAUGCCCAGCCGAAGGAUGGACCCAUAUCUUAACACUUCCAUUUGGUACCUAAAACUGAAAGAUCUAGUACCCGACGACUCGGGGAAAUACACUUGCAUAGUGUCCAAUCCAUAUGGCAGUAUAAAUCACACUUACACGCUUCAGGUUGUUGGAGCACCAACCUUUUCUGAUCCAAAUAUGUUAAAAAGAGCAUUUCGAGCAUGGCCAGCAUCACACUCGAUCAGAUUGAAGUGUCAAGCGACUGGAGCGCCACCUCUCAAAUACACAUGGUUAAAGGACGGAAUGAAAAUGCCCAGCCGAAGGAUGGACCCAUAUCUUAACACUUCCAUUUGGUACCUAAAACUGAAAGAUCUAGUACCCGACGACUCGGGGAAAUACACUUGCAUAGUGUCCAAUCCAUAUGGCAGUAUAAAUCACACUUACACGCUUCAGGUUGUUGGAGCACCAACCUUUUCUGAUCCAAAUAUGUUAAAAAGAGCAUUUCGAGCAUGGCCAGCAUCACACUCGAUCAGAUUGAAGUGUCAAGCGACUGGAGCGCCACCUCUCAAAUACACAUGGUUAAAGGACGGAACGAAAAUGCUCAGGCGAAGGAUAGACCCACAUCUUAACACUUCCAUUUGGUACCUAAAACUGACAAAUCUAGUACCCUACGACUCGGGGAAAUACACUUGCAUAGUGUCCAAUUCAUAUGGCAGUAUAAAUCACACUUACACGCUUCAGGUUGUUGCUAAGCCACGAUCGCGGCCCAUCUUACAGACAAGCCUUCCAAGGAACACAACCGUGCAGAUUGGAGAUAAUGCAACGAUGACAUGCAUUGUGCUCGUUAGUGGAACACUUCCAGUUUUCAGAUGGCUGAAAUGGGACAAAUCCGUCUUAUCAAUAAAGAAAAUUGGUGACGACUUUGAGAACGGAUCAUACCGCCUUAUAGAUCCACAUUAUUACAAGACUAUCCGAGUCAAGGACCAUUACGGCGUUGAGUUGAGAAUAACUAAUGUUACCGAGGAUGAUUUUGGACUCUACACGUGCUUUGUAAGCAAUCAUAUCGGCAACGAUUACAACAGUGCUUUCCUUAGUAAAUAUGCGAAACCCACCGCCUACGUUAAAGUGACGAUACCAAGAAUUGUAAAGAAAACUGGGGACGGCAUUGCAGGAACGGCUUCAACUGAAGGAUUUCAAGCAAGAAAAGAGCCUCAGUCAAAUUCUGUUCGCCCCUAUGUUUUGAUUUCUGUGGCAAUACUGUUAUGUGGAGCUCUUGUUAUUUCAGUGGUCAUCGCGUGGUAUUUUUGGCAAAAACGAAAACUCAAGAAGAGUACGCCACCAAGAGCCCUAAUAAUGGACUCGAUUGAACGAUCAGGAUCCUCAACAAAACCACGUAACGAGUACGUCUUUCUCUCCCAGUCCUGAGGGGUCUGCUUGGUUACUGACCAUGCUUGAGCCGUCUCGCGGUUUACAUCUUAUAAUGCAAAGCACCUGUAUUAAACAAUUAAGAGUGUUACUUGUAGGACGGGUUGACGUAAAGAUACCCAACAGCAGAAUUAAGUCAGAUAUAAGACAUCGUAUGUACCCCUAUAGAGAAUACAGCCAAUCAGAGGACUAGAAAGUGGUUGCCUCUUCCAAUAUUCAUCUCGGUGUGGCAAACUUGACGUGAACUGUAAGUUUAAAUGUAUGUUUAUUGUCAUUUGUCUUCUUAAAGAAAGCUUAUAAAGGCCACAAAAACCAAGGCAGUGUCCAUACUACACCGGAGAAAUUUGAAAAGGCCGGCUUUUCGUUUUCGUGUGAACGGAAUACAUUUUGAAAACGGAGCUUUU